AUGUUGAAAGAUGAGGAAAAGAAGGACAUGGGGGCUCAUUCGAAAUUGGAGCCUUCAAAAUGCGAUGGUUCCAUCCAGGUGAAGAAGUGGAAGCCCCUGGCCUUCGACCAGGUCACAGAGAACCCGGAGGCCACUGUGGCCGACAUCCUGGGAGAGCUCACCACCGUCGCAUCGCUACACGUCAGGCUCUACAGCGUUCCCGACAACCCCCAGGAGUGGAGGGACAUCACGGUGCGGAAUGCGGUGCUGGAGCUGCUGAGGGAGAUGUCUCAGAGCAAGCUGGCUAAGCUGUGUCCUCUCUCACAGCCCAUGCUGUCCAACAUCAUCAACAACCGGUACAUGGGCAAGAUCGGGAAGGAAAAGUGCCAGGAGUUCGGCCAGUGGUACCUGACUUACAGAAAGCAGCAUCCCGAGGGCGGCACCCCCGAGGUGGUCCCCACGGAGCGCCCUCUGGACGGGCGGCUGACGUUCCACCCCCUGAAGGAGCUGCCCAUGAUGCGGGACUGGUUCCACGGAUGCAGGAACCCCUCCAAGAGGACGCUGCAGAUGUACGUCGACAUCCUCAACCAGGGGCCGGUCAGGCAGCAGGAGAGGCCGAAAGUGGUGCUCUCGACCCUGAAGAAUUGGUGGAAGAACGAGAAGCAGCGCGAGCGGAAGAACCUCCGAUCCGACGACCCUUCCCCGGACAAGGAAUCCUCCCGGCCCAAGCGCAAGAGGAGGUCCUGCUCCAACCCGGACAACCCCAGGGAGGACAGCAGCCUGCACAACUUCAGCGGGUCUAGCUCCCAGGAGGCGCCCAGGCCCAACAACUUCACCAUGAUCCACCACGAUCCGGCCAAGAAGGAGGACCCGUUCACCAUGAUCCACCACGAUGCGGACAAGAAGCAGGGCCAGUUCACCAUGAUCCACCACGACGCGGACAAGAAGGAGGGCCAGUUCACCAUGAUCCACCACGACGCGGACAAGAAGGAGGGCCAGUUCACCAUGAUCCACCACGAUCCGGACAAGAAGGAGGACUUCGCCAUGAUCCACCACGGCGAGGACAAGAAGGAGGACAUGCACUUCGACCACCCCUUCGAGGUCAAGGACAAGAUCUCCCCCUUCUUCGGGGGCCACCACUUCGCGCCCGACUCCAAGUCGAACGGCGGCAAGAUCACCCUCUUCAGCCACAUCCACCCCGACGGGUCCAUCGAGAGGUUCCUGCGAAAGGAGGAGCCUAACGGGAAGGAGGACCUGUUCCAGAAAGUGGGCGUGGAUAGCCACGCCCCCCUCUUCGGGUUUCCGGUGGGCGUGGCCAAGUCGUGCUGCCCGGCAGACGACGGCCGCGUCAGCUCGGAGGACGACGUCGACGUGGGGAUAUGA